AUGCGGAGAAACCUGCCCGUGGACACAACGCAGUGCAGAAUCCUCCACUGCAGGUCCUCCACUCUCUUGCGGGUUUGUUGUCCAGAGAAGUGGGUGCAGUUCAAUGGAAAGUGCUACUACUUCUCAACUGAUAAAAUGGACUGGAAAUCCAGCCGGGCUAGCUGUGUGUCAAUGGGAGCAGACCUGGUGAUUAUAAAGAGUGAGGCAGAGCAGAGAUUCUUAUUGAAUGAAGCUAAAGCCCAUGCAGGGAAUCGCUACUGGAUCGGCCUGACUGAUGCUGUUACUGAAGGAGCCUGGCUCUGGGUGGACGGCACUCCUCUCAAUGACAAGGCAAAGUACUGGUACGGUAAGGAGCCUGAUGACUGGAAGGAAGAUGAGGACUCGUCCGGGCAGGAUUGUGCAGACCUUCUGUAUAUGUCAGAUACCCUCAAAGUCUGGUCUGAUCAAUCGUGCACACAGCCACCCAAUAGAAGGAUUUGUGAAACCAUGGCAGUGAUAAUCCAUAUAUAAAACCAAUGUGGGUCUGUUUCACUUUCUCUCUCUAUUUAGAUAGCAAACAGGCUACAAAAUGGAUCCCACAAAUUAUUUACAUUUCACUUUAUUAAACUGUGGUAUCUAAGUGUUUUUAUGAAAUAUGUAAAACAAAUACACAUUAAAUCAAGCCAGAGCUUUUAUAAAGAGUUUGUGAUUCAAUUGCCAUUGUGAUUAUUGUUUUUAUAUUUCCCCUGACGUUUGCAAUCAUUUAUAAAAACAGAUCUAGAGAACAAUGAUAAUAACUCAGUAUUGG